AUGGCAAAACCAGUACCAUACGACACUGCCAUUAUCAAGACAGGAUCUGCACACCAAGUUAAUGAAAGUAGCGGCAUUGAAUACAUAAGUGAUGCCGGUGACAUGAAAGAACACGCUUACGAAGCUCUUGAGGGUCGUCCUGCCAAUUUUGAUGACAAAGAUUUUACUUACGAGAUCAACAAUCUCUUACGACUGAACUUUGCUUUGGCUCAAGGAUACACAUACCUUGGAUGUUUCUAUGACAAUAACAGAAGAGAAUCACUCCCAGAUCUGAUUUACUGUGAAAAAGAUACAUACCCUUCCGAUUCAUGUCAGAAUACAUGUGGACCACAGGUUCAGUAUUGUCAAUCUCAAGAGAUGACAAUUGAACUAUGCAGAGAUAUUUGUGUUGAUCAGAACAUGAGAUAUUUUGGACUUCAAGCAGGCACACAGUGCCUUUGUGGUGGAUUCUUUGCACCUUAUAAUGUUCUGGGCCAACCAGAUGGGAAUGAUACAUGUAACAGACCAUGUGCAGGAAAUUCAAGUCAAAUGUGUGGAGCAGAUAUUCAGCAAAGCAUCUACCAAAUCAAUGAAUCACCAUCAGACUGUUUUAAUCCAGGAUAUAUUUUAAACGGUGACCAAUCACAGCAGGAUAGUUUAUUUUACAACGCAAGUGACGUCAUCGACUUCGCCCCCGUCUGUCCACCACCAAGUAUCAAGGAUGGCGCCACAUCUAUCACGUGUACUGCAUCCGGGAACUGGACAAACCCUCCUCCGACCUGUACGGUCAGGUGUGCCACGCCCACUGCACCCAUGCAUGCUAGUUUCGGCCCAUGGCAGACACUGAAUGACAGCUACGCAGUCGAUGAUGAAGUCUUCUUUGAUUGUGAUAUGGAUCCUUCGAGGACGAAUCAAACAUUGACCUGUGGUUACUAUGGCGACUGGGAGACCUUUGGCCCGGAUUGUCCAGGUAAGUUUAUUUCACACCUCUACAAACCUGACCUAAUGCUAACCCUGAAUACCCAAUAUCCAGGAUUUCACACUAUCUGA